UUCACUCUACCACUGACAUUAGUGGAUACGUUCGAUAAGUCGCUCCGAUGACAAUUUCUCAGCAGAGAUAAUAAAGAUGGCCAGUUAGAAAGUGACAUGCAGCAUAGGUCGAUCUCAGUGGAGAGCUUUUCCGCCGAUGGGAAAACUACGCCCGUGACACCAUCGUACAGACUCGUUGAUCGAUAGGGAAACGACCUUUUAUACUACAAAGGGCACGGUUUUGUUAAAAAAAGAGAAAAUUUGGAAAAAAAAACCUUUUCCUACUUCGACAUAUCCAUGUGUAUGACCAGUCGGCGUAAUAUAAAGGAAAAUGUCUCUUCAGCUGAGUUCCUUCCACCAGCCUACAGUCCUGGAGCAGCUUCUGGAGGAAAUAAAUUUUCAAAGGAUGAAAGAAAUGAGACAACUGAUGAAAGAUGAGUCGGGAUUUGUUAUGCUUCAAGGAUCAUCAUAUUGGACGGAUUUAUUUAUCAGGCAUUUCCUAUUCCAAGCAGAGCAAUCUAUCGAUGGCGAUGAUAUGUUAUUUUUUGUUAGAAAAAAACACGUUAAAGGAACACCAAGAUAUCUUCCAAAAUUUGAAACCGAAGUAGCUGUGUAUCGAAAAGAAAGUAAAAAACUUCCAAUCGGUGACCCAGAGCUUGAUUGGGAAGAGACAGUCUACCUUAAUUUAAUCAUACAUCAGUUUGAAUAUAUUUUAACUUUAGCCAUAUGCACCAGGACAUCUCCAAAACAGCUUCAAAUUUUAAGAAGAAUAUCACAAAAAGUUUACGCAUCGCCCUCCAGACGGAGGAUGGAUACAAAAGGAGAGGUUGAAGAGAUAACUUAUCCCCAAAUUUGUUUUAUGGUGGAUAAUUUUAACGAGGUCAUGUCGGAGAUGUUGGUGAGAGACGGCGAGCUCGUAUGCGUAGAAUUAUUAGCAUCAGAUCGUGAAAAUAAAAUCCAAGGGGUGCUGUUUUCUGGUUCGAUACGUUAUGAUGCACUGAAACGAGUAUACGAUGCGAGGGCUAGCCUUAGCAGUAAAAUGGCACAAAGGAUGACUUUUGGCUUGCUGUCAAAUAGUGCUCAAAGAGUAGAGUUCGUCACGAUGAAAGGUCCCCAGGGCAAAGGCUACGCUGAGAUGGCAGUCACUAAGCCAAGAGUACAUAUAUACAAUAUUGUAAUGUACUCAAUGGGUACAGGCUGCGGAGCAGAAACACCAACAUCAGAGCCUGGCUACUGCGCGAUUGACAUGUGGGAUGAAGACUGGGAAGACCCUGAAGAUAUGUUUUUAUACCGACAUCAGAGGAGGCUGAGCGACCCGAGUGCAAACCUUAGUGUGUUUGUCCGAGGAGGUUGGCAGAAAAAGCCCAACUCGGAGAGUGCCAGGGCAAGAAGCGAAAAUGAGGGCUUGGACACCAUGGCGCAGUCGACUACACAUAUACAAGCCGGUGAUCUAAGAGAUGACACUUGCAUGCACCCUAAAGAAAGACUGGAAUAUUUGAAAAAGGCGUGGAGUAAAGAAAUUCCGGUUUUUAAACCAAAAACUAAAACCGUCGCAGAUGGGACCGUGAUCACCUAUUGGUGUGAGUUGCGUGAAAUGAGAAAAGCUAUUCAAAGUGAACUUGAUGACGGGGCCAUAAAUCCCUUGUGGACAAUGAGGGGUUUUACUCAGACUUUCCACAUGUGGAAAGAGAAUAAAAGAAUCCAAAGCGUUCCUUUAAAUUCGUUUCUUACCUACAUCACUUUGCCUUGGUGGAGCAUCACCAAAGAUAUUUUAGACAUGAGGGUUGAACCUAUUCUAACUUUUUGAUUGUCAAUUGGUAUUCUAAAAUUGUCAUUUGUCAAUAUUUGUACCUGUACAAUUUUGUAAUUUUGAAAAUUGUUGUAUAUUUACUGAUAAUGCUAUUAUGUAAAUAUUGUUAUAAUAAAUGUGA